CUGGAAAAAAUUCCACAGAGUACCUGGAAAUCUCAACGAUAAACACUGCAAAUUUGAAAGAGACUGCAUUCGAAAGAGAAGGAUUCAAUACCUGGAAAUCUCAUUGCGUUUUAAGGUUAAAUGGCUAGUGAUCAAGAAAACUCACAAGAUGCAAAUGCUCCUGAUGAUACUUCAGAAAAAGAAAUUACACGAGGCAUCACUAUUAUGAAGAGUAUCAUUCGUGAUAGAGAUAAAGCAGUAACAUAUAAUGUAAAUUGGAAUGCUGAUAACCAACUAAUUGGGUCUAAUGCUGCAAAGUUGGCAAGCUACAUUGGUACACUUGUUCGUAUGCACAUUCCAAUCACUGCUACAAGAUGGAGUAAUAAAGAGUUGGGUAGCGCUAAAGAUAAGAUUUGGACUGAGAUACUGAGGUCUUUUAACAUUGAAGAUACAACUAUCCGAAAAAAGUAUAUACUUCAAUUGGCCGGAAAAAGACACAGAGGGUGGAGAACGUUUUUAACAAACAAGUAUCUUAAGGACAAAGAAAUUUUUUUUGUUGAAUAUGAUCCGGAAUAUCCAGUGAAGUAUGCGAUCUUCAUUACAGAAGAAGAAUGGGUUGCUUUUGUAGCCCAAAGAAGAGACGAAAAUUUCAAGAAAGUGAGUGCCACAAAUCGCGAGAGAGCGUCAAAUCCCACGUAUGCAUACAAAAAGGGCGUUUGGGAUAUGCACGCUUAGAGGAAAAAAUUGUAA